AUGGCUUGCACCGCUCCUGGGAACUCGCAGCGGCUUGGCGGCCUGCUGCUGAGGGCCCUGCCAGUGCUGCUGCAGCAGCAUGCAGCGGGUGCCGCUGCGUCACCGCACCAAGCCCUUUGCCUGCGGCUGCUCAGCAGCGAGGCCGCCAGCACAAGCGGCCACCAGCAGCAGCAGCACCAGCAGCACCGGCAGGCAGCCGGCGUGCCUUCGGGGGGCACGCAGGCGCAGCAGCAGCAGCCACAGCAGGACGCAACCGCGGGGGAGACGCUCGAGCAGAUCCGCGCGCGCGUGUUCGACACCACCAUCGGCGACGGGCGGCGAUCUGGGCGCAAGGCGCUGAUGCGGCCCCUCAAGGGCAAGGAGAUCUUGGACUGGUACUUCAUGCUGCGGGGGCAGGAGGCGCCCCUGUUUGAGAACGACAUCGAAACAGAGCGCCUGGACCGAGUUGCGCGAGACAAGGCCACCGGCCGCGCUCCUCCAAAGAAGGGGCAGAAGAAGAGGUCUGGCAAGAAGUGA